AUGUCUAUCAAAGCCAUAUUCUACAGCAAGUUCGAUCCCCAUGAAGGCCCCAAGAUAGUCCAUCAAGUGCCGGAGGGAUCGGUCUUGACAACGGCAGACGUUCCACCGCCGAAUGGCCCUUCGUCCGGCACCUCAACCUCCCUACUCUCAUUUUCUACCAUAUCGCGCUUCGUUAUCCCUCGCCAGUCGCUGUGCGGGAACCUGAUCUCUCUAUCUCCGCCACCUCUGACACCAAACACGCCUCCUACUUUAGUCCUGUCCUAUCCGUUAUGCCUGACCUCCUCUCACUAUCCUCGAAACGAGUUCAUCUUCAACUUUGCUCUCGUGUUGAGCGAUCCCUCCACAAUCGAUGUGCCUUCUUACAAAUCUGUGGUUAAGAAGUUGGCGCAUUUGAUGCGCAGUCUGGAAGAACAGUCCUAUUUCCUGAGCGAUGACACUGCGGCGCCCAACUCUGGCAAAAUAUACAGUCUGUGCGAGAUGCUGAUGGAAGACCUGAAUGACUAUUGUGAAUGCAUGAUCCCGAUCGACGAGCUCAACACGUUGAAUAUCAAGUUGUUUCCGACGCUCCCCAAUCCAGCCAGUGUGAAGCCGUGGCAUGUCCCGUUAUUUACAGUCAGAAUCGAGACCAUGGUGGACGAGAACUGGGAUUUGACAAUGCUGCGGAUCAUCCGGUACAUCAAUGGUGUGAACAGCGUCAAGAGGAUCGCCACUCUGGCUGAUGCCGACAUCAAGCUCACGAAGAAAUGCAUCAAGCAUUUACUGUAUUAUGGAUGCGUAUUGCUGCUCGACAUCUUCAGCUUCAACGCCAUCUACGCGCCCACCGCCGAAUUCGACAACCUGAUUGCAAAGGACACCGAGAUGCAGAAGGAGUGUGCGAGGUAUGUGAACACGGCAUUUGCGCCGGGGGCUCAGGAGGAAGCCGUGAUUGAUGGCACGGUCGAACGCCGGACCAGUGGAUUGACCUCAGUCACAUUGGCAGACGAGGAGAUCUGGCCGCUGACGGGCAAAGGCGAACCCGUGGACGGUGUAGGGAUUGUUCAACUCUUUGCCUGUCUGAGACAAGGCCUGACGGUGAGAGAAUGGUAUGCUCAGAAUGCGAACAUGCUAGCCAACAUCGACAUGCGGCGAUUUGUGACUUUCGGAGUCAUCAAGGGAUUCUUGUAUCGGAUCCACCGUUAUGCCAUCCGAACGCAGAAGGGGCAAUCGAUGCAUGGGCAACACACGGACGCUGGUUCAGAACAUGUGCACUAUCUGACACGGAGCAUGCCCGGCGGACGCCCUUACAGCGAGGAGACGUCGCAAAGUCAAACCAAGCAGACCAAGGAUCAGGUCGGUGGCAAACGGUACGACAGGCCUCAUUUGAACUCGAAGAUUAUGGAGUAUCUGGAUGGGACGCACUGUUUCGAUGAAAUCUGCACCGACCUGGAAAUCAGCGAGAGGGAACUACUAGACCGGUUGAAGAGUCGGGACAUUGGAGAAGCAACGAUUAUUUGUAGAUAA